GCGCACACGUUUACUGUUGUUUUUAUUUUUGUGCACCACGCGCCGUCUCCAUCCUCCUCAUCGAUCCCUCUCCCCACAAUAAAGGCAGAAACGUGUUUGUUGCAGCCAUCAUCGCUCCGGCCCCAGGCGCCUCUCCAAUAGCCGCGGCAUUUCGCGUGUUUUCGCCUCAAUCCCCCCGCAGGGAUCACAUAGAAAAAUGUCUCCACCAUCCUUCUCGGCGCAGGUUCCCCCCUGUCCUUGAACGCUCUAACGGCGCUAAUCCGCCGGAAUAUUUCUAAUCUUGUUAUUGCGAGGUCUGAGGAGGACAAUGAUGUCAUGUUUGUCGGGUGAUAUUUACUCCAGCCUGACUAUUGACUGGCAAUGGAGUACAUGAACAACGCCUCAAACAGCUACGGUUCUGGAGACACCGUCAGUGCCUCCUUAACGAACAUGACCAUCAAUGACCAGCAUCACCAGGAGAACGGAGUCAAAAUGAAAGAUGAAGAAGCAGUGGUCACUGAAAAUGGGCUGAAAACUGUGUGUGAACUUUCUCAGCCAGAGAGCAACCAAUAUGAUGACGAGUUGCAUCCUGCUACUCCUGCAGAGAAAGGAGCAGAAGUUGCUUCUGAGCUCUCAGAAAAUAAAAGCACUUUGAAAGAGGACCAGGAGCAAGUUGCAGGAGGAGCCUCUUCAACAGCUCAAGUAAAGACAAAUAAUGGAGAUAAGAGUCAAACUGUCUCCACACCACCCUCUUACCUUAAAAGACCCACUGUUGUCACCAAGGGCAACAAAACGCCCGGUUCCUCCCGAAACGGCCACAGCUCCAUCCCCAUUAAAGCCACCAGCAGCCCAGGGCCCCGGCAGCCCGGAGGUGCUGGUGCUGCGAAGCCUCAAGUCCAAGGAGCCAAAACUACUGCCAGAAGUGCAGCUCAACCAGCUAGUGCCAAGAAACCUCCCACUCCAAAAAUUGAAAAAGAUGCCAGGAGUGGGCAGAGCAGCCCUGGUACGCCCAAGUCCCCCGGCAGCCAGGCACUUUCCGCCGCCGAAGCCAACAAAGUGAAAAAGGUCGCGGUUGUACGUUCCAAUCCGAAAUCUCCGGGAUCGCUGAAAAGCCGUUCUCCGGCUCCUCUGGCUGCUGCGGCGCCGCUGCCUGACCUGAAAAACGUCAGGUCAAAGGUCGGCUCCACAGACAACAUGAAACACCAGCCUGGAGGUGGGAAGGUGCAAAUCGUGGAGCAGAAGUUGGACUUUAGUAGUGUGCAGUCUAAGUGUGGCUCCAAAGACAAUGUCAAACACAAGCCAGGGGGAGGAAAUGUCCAAAUUCUCGAUAAGAAGCUGGACUUAUCCAACGUCCAAGCUCGCUGUGGUUCUAAAGACAACUUAAAGCACAAGCCUGGAGGAGGAAGGGUUAAAAUACUUGAUCAGAAGUUGGACUUUAGUACUGUCCAGUCUAAGUGUGGCUCCAAAGACAAUAUAAAACAUGCUCCCGGUGGAGGCAACGUGCAAAUUCUUGAUAAGAAGCUGGAUUUAAGCAGUGUGCAGUCCCGCUGUGGCUCCAAAGAUAAUAUGAAACAUGUACCCGGUGGUGGCAAUGUUCAAAUUGUGCACAAAAAGAUUGAUUUGAGCAACGUUACAUCAAAAUGUGGAUCGAAAGACAACAUUCGUCACAAGCCAGGUGGUGGAAACGUGGAGAUCAAAACCGAGAAGCUAGAGUUUAAAGUUCAGUCCAAAGUCGGCUCCCUGGACAACAUUGGUCACGUCCCCGGAGGUGGACAGAGGAAGAUUGAGAGCCACAAGCUGAACUUCCGUGAGACGGCCAAGGCGCGCACCGACCACGGCGCUGAGAUCAUCUCCCUGGAAGACUCGCCCCAGCAGCUCAGCACCGUGUCGUCCUCCGGCAGCAUCAACAUGACCGACUCCCCGCAGCUCUCCACGCUGGCCGACCAGGUGUCCGCCUCUCUGGCCAAGCAGGGCUUGUGAACGUGCCCCCGCCUCGCCCCGCUUCCUGCUCCACCUGCUCCACCUGCUCCACACCACCACGUAGAGGAGUUGCAAUGCCUUCCUCAUUACUUUCACUGGACUUUUUUUUUUUUUUUUUUUUUUUUUAAGAUACCCAUCACUGUUUAUCCUCCACUAACCUCUUAAAUUUGCUGAGGCGUUUACUUUUAGAAAAAAAAGAAAAAAAAAUCCAAGUAACAGGCCAAACUGUGUUGAUUUCUCUCUGGGGUUUUUCUUGCAAAAUACUUAAACCUUUUGUAGUAAAUAUUUUAGGAAGUAAAGCGUCCAGCUUUCCCCAGUGAACCCGAGUGAAUUGUUUCAUCUCAACACAUCCUGAUGAAAACGACUUGGUUUCCUGUCACAGACUGUAAACCUUUACCAAUUUCCCUUCGAUGGGUGUUCACUAAUGUUUGGGUUUUUUAUUUUAGAUACACAGAACCCGAGCCUUGAGUGAGGAGGGCGAAUCCAACUCUUUAGCUCCAGUUUGACAUAAAGGAACGUUGACGGGCUCUGAUGAAGGUUUGGGAGGAAAAACGUCAAAAGAAAAGUAGCAAAUUUCUUGUCUAGCCAGAAAAAAAAAAAAAAAAAAAAAGUCUUUCAGACAGUCUCUCUGCUUUCUUUGCUUUGCGUCCCGACAUGUGCUGCACCUCCAGCUACAGCGGGUGACAGUGGAGGGUGGUGUGGCAAAAACAAGACCACUGAGGAGCUGUCUUCCCGUCACCCAGUGUCUGAACCCAGAUGUUCAUCCAGACAUGCGAUACCCAUGCCUCAGUUCACCAGUGGAAAGGAUUCCUUCAGUAAAUAAAUACAUGGCUCCAGGCCUGAAGUGUAAUUACAUAUUGUGCAUUUUGCGUUUAUAUGAGGCUUACAGAUUUUAUGACAUUGGAAGUGCAGAUGAGCAGUUUAUCACUGCCGCUAUCUUUUAUCUUUGUAGCAGCAAUAUUGAAUUUUGACCACGUGACGUGUCAAAUAAAAGGACAUUUCUGCAACUCUUUGUACAAAAGAAUGUUGGCACCGGAAUAGAAUAAUACAAACUUUCAUUUUGAAGAGGCAGCUGGAAUUGUAUAAAACAUGUGCUAUUUUGUUCGACUGAAAGAAUCUGACUUUUGACAGAGAAGAAAUAUCUUGUCUACUUUAUGAUAAAUUGGUUUGCCAUAAACACUCAUCUUAACAUUUUAACCCAAGUGAAUAUCUGAGCUAACAGGGUGACGACCUUUCAGCAUCUCAUUGUCAACACAAAAUGUCCUCAGUGGUCUAAUUCCUGGCACACCAUCUUCAACAAAGGCGAUUGGGAAGUUUGCUGGACUUUAAAAAAUAAUACAAAAAAGGAAAAAACAAAAGGCUAGGAAGUUUGGUUCGCGUUGGGCCAGUUUUAUAAUCGUGUUCUGUGCAUAUAUGACAUGUAUUUGAUAUGAACGGACAUUUGUAUUGUGCCUGCUACUGUCAGUGUUUUUUUUUUUUUGUUUUUUGUUUUUUUACUGCUCCUACUGUACAUGUGCUACAGCUUGAGUUAUGGGCUGAAAACCUUAAUACAGAAUUAAAGGGAGGGACUUUAUUGUGUGCAGUAUUUAAACCACAGUAAGCAUUAAAUAAUCAGAACGAGGCUAUUUAGCAAUUUAAAAAAAAGUAUUUCAAAUUCUUGUUAAAUAGGAAAAAUAAUCUGUUGUUGCCAAGUAGAUCGGUGGAUGAAGGGAUUUUUGUGAGCACUGCAUCAUUAAGGUAAGCAAAAACAAACUGUAAAGCAACAAGUUCACCUCUUCAGGCACUUUAUCAAUACCUCUUGUUCAUCACCACGAAGCAGGAAACACAUCUGCUUCCCUUUAGAUUCAGAUACUUGUAAAUUAUGUGGACACACUUUGAGCACGUUGAACCUUAAAACUGCUGAUUUUAUGCAUUUAAACGGGUAUAAAUCCUUAAAAUGAUUCACAUUCCUAAUGUUGUUUAAACACUUAUAAGGUUUUUUAAAUUCAACAAUGGUAGUUGUCAACCAGAAAGAACAUUUUGUUUUUCAUUCCCUUAAAAAACAUUGGCCAACGAGAAAAAAUGCUGAACCUUUGGCUUUGAUGCCCCAAAUCAAAUGUUAGUUUUGUCAAAUGCUCCAAUGUGUCUGCUGGAAUUACAUCACCAGUGAUCACAAAGAAAUGUACUUAUUAUGAAUAAAUCUGGGCAUAUUUAAGCUCUAAAGAUGACACAUUUAAGGGUUUAUGACACCAAGGCUCAGUUCUUCAGCUGCUGUUAUUUUCUGUCAGGAAAACAUCCCUUUAUUCUCCCCAAUUCCCUCAUGAUCCACUUUGGCACUAAUGAAACAUUCUUGCAUGUGUUUAAUGUAAGAGGCAGCCGUCUGCUUGUUGCCUCCCUUUCACAGAAUGAUCUCCAGGUGUUAUACCCCGUUUGUAUCCGCUCCGGACUUUUGGAAGGGUCAAAACUCAGCAGACACGUAGAACUCCAAGGUGUGCUCGCAACAUUAUCUGCAUGCUGCCGUCUUUAGUUGCAGUAGACCACGUUCCGUCUCCAGAGAUCAGGACAGAGAUGAGGUGGAAGGAGGGGACGAGACCUGAUCCCCAGCGUGCUGCGAAGAGGUUCCUGCAGUAACAACACUCACCUUUAUUUUGUUUUUGGUUACUUCUGACGCUGUACAGACGUGGAAAUGUGAUUGUUCUUGUUAUUGUGCAUUGAUCAGUAACUGGUUUAUGAUGAUUCUUGUUGCUGUAUAUGUGUAUUUGAAAUAAACGCUGCAAAGUCACACUCA